ACUGAGGGGGAACGACAUCACUUAUCCACAACACAUUCAUUCACAUAAGAGAGCGAGGGAGACCUCCAGAAGUCAGUGAGAACUGAUCUGCCGCAGAAGGGGCAACACUUUUUUCAAGAGGUUUCCUGCCUUCCAGAGUGCACUAUGAGCAGCUUGGCUUUGAUUUUGGGGGGGAUUUUGGCUCUGCUUUGCAUCGGGAGAAAUCCAGCGGAUGCUGGGAUGUGCUGGUUACAGCAGAGCCAUGCCCAGCGCUGCGACAUGGUGCUGAUGAGAGGAGUGACCAGAGAGGAGUGUUGUGCCGGCGGCCGUCUGGAUACCGCAUGGUCCAACACCAGUCUGCCCAUGAAUGAGGUCAGCCUGCUGGGCUUUCUGGGAAUAGUCUCAUGCAAGCCCUGCAAAGAUAGUUGCGAGGGGGUCAAAUGCGGUCCAGGGAAAGUUUGCAAAAUGAAGCUGGGGAGGCCUCAGUGUGUGUGCGCCCCAGAUUGCUCUCACAUUUCCCGCAAACAUGCUGUCUGUGGCAGCGAUGGAAGGACGUAUAAGGACGAGUGUGCCAUGCUGAUGGCCCGCUGCCUGGGACUCCCUGACCUAGAAGUCAUGUACCAGGGCGAAUGCAAAAAAUCCUGCUCUAACGUGGUGUGUCCAGGGACUCACACCUGUGUGACAGACCAGACAAACAGCGCCCACUGUGUCAUGUGUCGCACAACUCCUUGCCCCAUGCCCUCGUCUUCCGAUCAGCCGAUCUGUGGCAACGACAGCAUCACGUACCCCAGCGCCUGCCACCUCCGCCGGGCUACCUGCUAUCUUGGACGCUCCAUUGGCGUACGCCACUAUGGCCACUGCAACAAUCCACCAAGGAAAUCUCACAAAUUUGAUGCUAGUGAGGAGAAUGCUGUCUAAACGGAUGAUGCCUGCACUCUUCUGCGACCACUCGUGAUGACCUCAGUCAUCACACCUCAUCGUCUUUAAAAUGGAUCCUGGUGUAGGAAUUUGUGUCUUGAAAAGCCUCUGGGUGUCCACGGAUUAAGCUUUGUUUUAUAUAGCAAACGUCUCUUAUGAAGUUAUUUUACCGACCUAACUGAAAAUCGAGUAUUUUAAUUUUCCUUUUUUUUUCAAAGCAGAAUUACUUGACUCCAAUUUACCAUUCCAUCCAUCAAGCCUUUCACUUCACUCGCCCAUAUUUUCUGUACACUAAAAACAGAUUUGUUGACUCAAUGCGCUGCCCACACAUUUGCUUUCAUAACUCUUGACCUCUCACGUAAGAUGCCUAUAUUGCACAGGUUAGGUUUUGUCCUGUGCUGGUACAAUUAUAUAUUUUUUGUUUUCCAAGUGCAUUGUAAAUAGUGAGCACAGUUGGGUGGAAUGAUGCAGUUUGCUUUGUCAGGUUAAACAAUCACACUAUGUUGCUUGCAUCUACGUGUAUGGACAACUUUGAACGUGUCAUCCUGCAUUUGUGAUUUGUUGGUCAAUCUAGUCUCACUGGGAAAUCCUGAUAAAAAGAUUCAACAUCCUAAUCUAACGCCAGCUAAUGCACUGGGAUUAGAGCCUUUACACCUGAAUAAAACACGGUAGUCAAUUAGUACUAACCAGUUUAGGCACUUAAAGUGAAAUGUUACAUUCAAGUGAACUGUGUAGUUGGUAUUUUGCUAAACCUAAAUUGAAUUUCCAUGAGGUCAGAUCACUUAUUCAUUUUCCGCUGCUUAUUCCCGUUCACUGGUUCUGGGUGGGCCUGAGCACAUCCCAGCUCCAUAGGGCAAGAGGCUCCCUGGGCAGGUUUCAGUAAAUCCAAAAUGUUGAAAUCACACUUGUUGGAAUGCAAAAAAACAAAAAAGAUAUGACAAUAAACGCUCUAGGUGAGUGCAUUAUCUCCAUUGGCUAAAUCAGAUGUCAGCGUGUAGGACAGUGGGGUCUUGUGAGCAAGCAUGUGCAUAUUGUAAAUACCACAGCUAUUUAUUGGAGAGUAUAUCAAACUCUAUUUAUGGUUGUUAUUCGAUAACAAAACAAGUAACCCUGGGUAAGCUGAUGCAGUUAGAUGUAUUUAUUGUGUUUUAUUUGUUGUGUAAGCACAGUUGCGGUCACUGGCAAUGGCUUUGGACAGCCUAUGGCAGAUUCAAUAGUUAUAGCUAUUAAGUUGAUAAUUACAUUCCACCGGAAUAUGUGGCCUCAAUAAACCGCAGACUGGAACAUGAAACCUGCAGUUUUAUAAAUCCAAAUCCAGAUUCUGUUUUGUUGAUUCCUGGUCUGAAGAACAGCAACCAGUGCACCACACCACCUUGGAUUUUAAUCUUUUUUUUUUUUGCUAACAUUUUAGUAAACAUCUUUUGCUUCAUUGUUCAACGCAACUGGAAUUUAUGACAUUUAGUAGGCAGACAAAUGUAAUUAGUUACGUCUGCUUGAGUGGAAAUGUAAUUUGUCUCAGUAGGAAACAUCGUCUGGGUCAAGGGAGCAUAGUUAAUGCCACUCAACGCCAUCAAAAGCCCGAGUCGAUGUGCUUGUUGUCGACACUGGUAACCCAAGUAGAUGCGUAGUUCAACCACUUUUAUGUGUUUGUGUGAUCAGACAAACUCAAAACAGACAUCUGCUUUAUCCUUAUUUGGCGUUGUCGGUCAACCACCAGAGCUCCUGCAAUUGAACAUGUACCUACCUGUGUACAUACUGUGAAAAUGUUGAAUAUAUAUCAGUUUUGUAUUUUUGUACUGCAUUGUCGAAACAACAUAAAGGUUAAUAUUGGUCACAGA